CAUCUUUUUCACUCUGUGCCGCCCACGAAUCUCUUUCUGUAAUAUGCAAAUACUCACACUGUUUUUAACACCACCUCCCACAAUCGAUAUCCUCCCCUCUCAUAUCCCAUACCUAAUAACACAAUCUCGAACUCAUCACCAUCCCCCCACUGAGCCCCAUCCCUCUCCCAUACUCCAUUAGGUCUCAGAUAACCACUCACUCGAUCAAGACACAACCAACAAGGAAUAUGGACUACCAACCAUGGCACAACGCCGCCUUCUAUUCGGGGUUCGAAUUCGCGAUCCCCCUAGACCCCAAGGGAACAACCCAAGAUCGCAAGAAAGGCAAACAAGCCCCCAAAAAAGGAACACUGAACACCAAGCCGGAGGCAGAAAGCAGCCAACCCCAACCCUCCAAGGGCAAACAACCCCCCCAAGCCGAAACCAAAGGCAAACCUGGCAAACCUGGCAAACCUGGCAAGCCCAAACUCUCCAAACCCGCGCAAGAAACCUGGCAAAUCCAAACCAUCCUCUCCAUCCGCACCCAACCCUCCGCAAUCCCAGCAACCGAGCCCCCGGUCUUCACGACGAUCACCUCGCUCGUCGCGCGCGUGAAGCAACUCACCGGACUCAUCCGCGGCCGCGAAGCCAUCCUCAAGAUGAGAGUGCACCCGGUUCCUCUGGCCCAGACUGCUGCCUCAGAUUCAGCUUCAGCUACCCAGAACCAGUCCCACAUCCACACCCACACCCACUCCCGGCCCUCAACAUCCCCAACCUCAGCCCACGACAAAGAAAAACAAGCCCUAACCCACCUCCCCACCGCCAAGAUCUACGCCCCAUACCUCAUCACCACCCACCGCAGCGCCUUCACCUCCCUGGCGGCGGACCCCCGCGACACUCGCUUCACAGCCGCAGCGACGGCGACAGCAGUAUCUGCCGAGGACAGCUUUGCCACAAUCCUCCUGCUCGCCAUGCCGGUCGGGACGGACUGCAGGAACCUGCAGAUGUGGAGGGACGACAGCGGCGAGCGGGAGGCGCUGCGCACCGCGUUCCGCGAGACGUAUCUUGCGCUGGCCGCGGCGGGGGUGAUGCAUACGCGUCCGGGGCCGGAGCAUGUUAUUUGGGAUCGGGAGUAUCGGAAGUGUUAUAUUGUCGGCUUGGGCAAUGCGGUGCUGGGGGAGAGGGAUCGGGUGGUGCCGGUUGGGUUGUGGAAUCGGGUGUUGGGAGUUUGGGGGUUGGAGGGGGGGGAUGAGGAGGAUGGGGAGUAGGGAAAGGGCGGAGUCUUCAGUCGUGGUUCAUGUUGGUUGGUUUGUGUGUGUUUGCAGUAUGCAAGACGGACGAUGCUUCUUUGGAGUCAUUGUUGGGCUUGAUAGAUUCGAUUUCUGGUAUGAGGAUGCAUAACACUAACA